AUGACAGACACCAAUUCAGCAUCAGAGACGGCCGCCGACCCGCACCGGCUGAAGGACAUAACAGAAGGAGUGGCUGUCCAAGAAAAACACAGCGAGCGAGACAUGGCUGCCGACGUGUUAUCCCCAAGGAGCGAUCCUGGUGCAUCCGCACAAGUGGGCGUGAAUCGCACAUCUCUGCCCCCACUCGUUACUUCCCCGCCUUCCAAAGCGAAGCUGGAGCGCGCAAGUUCCUACAUGAACAAGCGCCUAUCCACCUUCUCCAACGCAUCCAACACACACCAAUCAGCACGGUCAAGGCCGCAAUCGACCGCCUUCCCCAUCUUCCACUCGAGUCUGCCUUACUCGCUCGUGCGCGAUUUCGCAUAUGACCCGCUACACCCUCUUUUCUACGGCCCGCUUCCGGAGCAGCCUUCCGACAUCUCAACUCCAGCGAGUGAACACAGCCGUAGACUAUCAGAUCCGCCACCCGUGGCAUGGCGCAGCGACCGAGGUGGCUGGUCCGCGGGGCCUUGGGAUGAAAAAGACGGCGAACAACUCCCACAGACAGCAUACGACGGAGGUCCGCCUUAUAGCGAAGAUGACGACAUCUCAAGCCCGGUGGUCACCAGCCACCACGGCGCACGACACAAGAAGCACAAAUCUAACAUAGUCAACUUCGAUCAUACUCGCGGGCGAAGAGGAUAUCCGGAGGAGCAACGGCGCGGCUCGAUAGUGACGAUGAACGGCGAGAGCAGCCAAUUUGUCAGCGAUGAGGCUGCAAACGGACCUGGCGGCGAGUACAUCACAUACCCGCCCGAGUCGUCGCGGCUCGGUGUGCCAGAAGGAGCAUCACGGCGAGACUCACAUUUCGCAACCACCCUCCCUCAACGCGCCUACGCGGAUGCCGACGGAGACGUCGAAGGCCCGCCUUACGACUCCGACGAUGAAAUGUCAGAACCCGAGGACUACAUACACGAUGAUAAUCGCUUCUCGCGCGACUACCAAUUCACAAUCGCGUCGCCCGAUGAGGAGAUGCACGGCAAGGCCGUUGCCCUGUUCGACUUCGCACGCGAAAACGAUAACGAGCUACCGCUGGUAGAAGGGCAAGUGAUACUGGUAUCAUACAGACACGGCCAGGGCUGGCUGGUAGCUCAAGAUCCGAAGACCGGCGAAAGCGGACUUGUGCCCGAAGAAUAUGUCCGCCUCCUGCGCGAUAUUGAAGGAGGUUGGAAUGGUCUCGUUGGUGCCAUACAGUCACAGCCUGAACUGCUGCCUCCUGAGGCAAACAACGGACCCGAGAGCCUACUCAGCCCGAUUUCGGCCGGGCCUGAAGCGAAGACGCCUACUCAGGCCGAUCAUCCGCAGAACUACACGCCUGUCAUAUCGACGUUUUCGACAAGCCACAAAGACCUGGAGAAGUAUCCAACAGAUAAGCUUGGGACGCCCACGACUACUGAAGGCGGCCCAUUCUCGAGAAGCAAGGAUACGGGGGGCAUGGAAGGCGUCGAAUCAACACCGGAGCCUGAGUCUCAAGAGCAGAAGCCAUGA